GUCUUGCACAGGUGUACUGGCUCCUCCCCUUCAGUCUUGCACAGGUGUACCGGCUCCUCCCCUUCGGUCUUGCACAGGUGUACCGGCUCCUCCCCUUCAGUCUUGCACAGGUGUACCGGCUCCUCCCCUUCAGUCUUGCACAGGUGUACCAGCUCCUCCCCUUCAGUAUUGCACUGGUGUAUCGGCUCUCCCCUUCAGUCUUGCACAGGUGUACCGGCUCCUCCCCUUCAGUCUUGCACAGGUGUACCGGCUCCUCCCCUUCAGUCUUGCACAGGUGUACCGGCUCCUCCCCUUCAGUCUUGCACAGGUGUACCAGCUCCUCCCCUUCAGUAUUGCACUGGUGUAUCGGCUCCUCCCCUUCAGUCUUGCACAGGUAUAUUGGCUCCUCCCCUUCAGUCUUGCAUAGGUGUACAGGCUCCUCCCCUUCCAGUCUUGCACAGGUGUACUGGCUCCUCCCCUUCAGUACUGCACAGGUGUAUCGGCUCCUCCCCUUCAGUAUUGCACAGGUGUAUCGGCUCCUCCCCUUCCAGUCUUGCACAGGUGUACUGGCUCCUCCCCUUCAGUAUU